AUGAUCCGCGUUGAUCCUUUGCAAGAUGAAUUUUCAGCUCUAAGCAAAUCAUCAGUUGACUUCCGAGUGCUUGAUAUUGGCUCACAACAGGAGUCGUGUACUCGAGAUGUUGAAGCCACUCAAAACGGGAAAUUACUUGUCAAAUCACAGCUAUCAUUCCAUUGUGAGGGUCGUGAGUCAAUCGCACAUCAAUGUCAUAUGCCAGUCACGCCAAUGCCGGAUUUUUGUGAGACAAUUUCCGAUACAGUAACACAUCUACUGGACGAAUGGGAUGAAUCUGUUUCGUCGAUAUCACCUCAAAUGAAAGAAUUCGCUGAGCUUGUCAACUCAAAUCCGAUCAACAACAUCUUCGAUAUCCGAUUGGUUGACGCAGACUCAUUUGCUGCAGCCACAAUGAAAGGGUUCUUCACAAAAUUAUGGGCCAAAUCAAAGGUGAACAUAGGUAAGUCGUGGCUUCUCGCCUUCCGAGCUAACGCCACUGGAUUUUUGCGUUUGGAUUCACACGAAUGA